AAGACUUUGACCUUAGUGUAUAAAACUCUGUAACUGUGUCAGUCUAAUUCUGCAUACUGGAAAGAAAAUUGGCUCUAAUAAAACCAUGACAGAAACAAUCACUCUCUCCACGGGUCAGAAGAUGCCAUUAGUGGGCCUAGGAACAUGGAAAAGUGCCCCAGGACAGGUGAAGCAGGCUGUUUUAGCAGCUUUAGACUGUGGCUACAGACACAUUGACUGCGCAGCGGCUUACGGCAAUGAGCGAGAGGUCGGAGAGGCCUUGACUGAACGACUUGGACCUGGAAAAUCCCUGAGACGAGAAGACAUUUUUGUGACCUCCAAGUUGUGGAACACCAAGCACCAUCCAGAUGAUGUCGAGGAGGCCUGCAAAAGGUCUUUGUCAGAUCUGAAGCUCUGUUAUCUGGACCUGUAUCUCAUGCACUGGCCAAUGGCCUUUGAGAGAGGAGAUGAGCUGAUGCCCAGGCAUCCUGAUGGCACUAUUAGGUAUGAUGACACUCACUACAGAGACACAUGGGCAGCCAUGGAAAAACUGGUGGACCAAGGGCUGGUAAAAGCCAUUGGCUUGUCAAACUUCAAUGCCAGACAGAUUGAUGACAUUCUCAGUGUUGCUAAACACAAGCCAGUGGUCAACCAGGUGGAGUGCCACCCAUACCUGGUUCAGACUAAGCUGAUAUCUCACUGUUGGAGUCGAGGGCUGACAGUAACAGCGUACAGUCCUCUGGGUUCACCUGAUCGUCCAUGGGUUACACCUGGACAAGUCCGUCUGCUGGAUGACCCAAGAGUGGUCAGUAUGGCCAAGCACUAUAACAAGAGCCCUGCUCAGGUCAUCAACAGAUGGCACAUACAGAGGGGUGUCGUUUGCAUCCCCAAAAGCGUCACUCCAUCCAGGAUCAAACAGAACAUUGAGGUGUUUGAUUUUAAAUUAUCUGAUGAAGACAUGAGGCUCAUCAAAUCCUUCAACAGGAACGAAAGGCUUAUUGUUCCAACUAUAAUGAAAGAUGUACAAAAGGUUUGGAGAGAUGCAGGACACCCUCACUUUCCCUUCAGUGAUCCAUAUUAAUAAAAUGCAGUGGAACAAUGUUAUGUUAAGCAUUAAACAUAAGAUCUGAAGUUGACAUGUUUUCAAUUUUUAAGCUACUCAUUUAAAUAAACUGCAUUCAGAUCUC